UAUGAAGCCCCCGGACCGCCCCGCCCCUGGCCGCACUGACCGGAUACUGGGGGUCAUGGGGGGCAUGCUAAGCGCAUGCGCCCUCCCCGGGCAGGAGGGGCCCCCGAGGAGAAGCCCCCUGGGGUUGGGGGGUACCGAGCCAGAGUCUGAACGUACGGAGGGAGAUCACAGAAGGGAUCGCGAACAUGAGGUCCUCGCCGGGGCUCUGCAGCCCGGCCAAGGCCCCAUCCACCGAGUCCUCCUUCAUCGCAGAGGCCAAGGGGAGACCUGGGCAGACCCUGCCGACAGGCUGAACCCCGACCCCAGCGCUCCGCAGACCCCGGGAUGAGAGAGGGAGGGGGACCCCGGGGCGG